GGGUCGGGAUGGGAGCGGACGGGGAGCUCCGCGCUGCCCCCUGUCCCGGGCAGCAGUGCCGGGCUGAGGUGUGAGGCGGAAUAAACCGUGCGGGAGGAUGUGAAUAAUGCGGGAGGAUGUGAAUAAUGUCCGCGAGAGGAGGAAAGAAGCACCGAGAAUAGGAGAGCUAAACGCAAACCACAGGGAAGGAGGGAAGGAGGAGCUGGAUCCCAAAGCGGGACGGGGUUUAAGGCUUCGGGCAAGGGCAUGGAGUGAUGGACAAGGGGGAAUGGCUUCGAACUGCUAGAAGGGAUGCCCUGAAGUAUCUCAUUGAAGCUUUCCAGUCCACCAGUGAGGGAGAACUUGAUGAUAUAAUUGAAAAUGUCAUCGAUGCAGUUGAAAAACAGCCUUUGUCAUCCAAUAUGAUCGAGCAGCCCUUGGUGGAAGCAGCUGUCCAGGAAUGCAGCCGGGCCGCGGAUGAAGCGAUAGAAAAUGUUUUCAACAUUAUUGGAGCCUUUGACAUUCCACGUUUUAUUUAUAAUUCAGAAAGAAAGAAGUUUCUGCCCCUGUCCAUGACUGACCUGCCUAGGCCGAGUUUAUUUGGCACUGCCAGGGACAAGGCGGAGCUGUUCCGGGAGCGCUACUCCAUCCUCCAGCAGAGGAUUCACAGACAUGAGCUGUUCACUCCUUCACCAGUUGCUGCUCAUCCUGAUGAUAGCAAGAGCAAAUUUCAGCUCAAGACAGUUGAAACUCUCCUGGGCAAUACAGCUAAAAUGGAAGAAGUGAUUGUGCUUGGGAUGAUGACUCAGCUCAAGGAGGGGAAAUUUUUCCUAGAAGACCCCACAGGAGUGGUCCAGCUGGACCUUAGUAAAGCACAGUUCCACAGUGGGUUAUACACUGAAUCCUGCUUUGUUCUGGCAGAAGGUUGGUAUGAAGAUAAAGUUUUUCAUGUGAACGCUUUUGGAUUUCCGCCCACUGAGCCUUCUGCUACCACGAGAGCCUUCUAUGGGAAUAUAAACUUCUUUGGAGGGCCUUCCUCAUCAUCAGUGAAGGCUUCUGCAAAGCUGAAACAGCUGGAGGAGGAGAAUGAAGAUGCCAUGUUUGUGUUUGUGUCUGAUGUGUGGCUGGACCAAGCAGAAGUGCUGGAAAAGCUUCACACGAUGUUUUCAGGUUAUUCCUCUGCACCUCCCACCUGCUUUUUCUUCUGUGGAAAUUUUUCAUCUGCACCAUAUGGCAAAAAUCAAAUCCAGUCCCUGAAAGGUUCUUUGAAAGCUCUGGCAGAUAUUAUAUGUGAAUAUCCCAGCAUCCAUAAAAGUAGUCGAUUUGUGUUUGUCCCUGGUCCUGAAGAUCCUGGGCCUGGGUCUAUUUUACCAAGACCUCCCUUGGCUGAAAAUAUCACUCAGGAAUUCAGACAGCUGGUGCCAUUUUCAGUUUUCACCACAAAUCCCUGCAGGAUUCAAUACUGCACCCAAGAAAUCAUUAUUUUUCGGGAAGAUUUGGUCAACAAAAUGUGCAGGAACUGUGUCCGCUUCCCAAGCAGCAACAUGGACAUUCCCAACCAUUUUGUAAAGACCAUUUUAUCCCAGGGACACCUGAGCCCGCUGCCACUGAACGUCAGCCCCGUGUUCUGGGCCUAUGAUUAUUCCCUGAGGGUUUAUCCCGUGCCAGACCUGCUCGUCACCGCUGACAAACACGACCCCUUCACUGUCACCAACAGUGACUGCCUCUGCAUCAACCCUGGUUCAUUUCCCAGAAGUGGAUUUUCCUUCAAGGUGUUCUACCCCUCCAACAAGACAGUUGAAGACAGCAAGCUUCAAGGACUCUGAAUUUUUGUGGCACUGAAAAGCAGUGAACCCAUGUGAAGCCAACAGUAGCUCUUAUUUUUUACGUGCCUUAGUUUCAUUUUGGACUUUUUGUAAUAAAUGUCCAAGUCAAAACCGAAUUGUUUUGUACACAAAUAAACUUUUACAGGAAAA